CGUACCAUUAUCAUAAGUCAAAAACUCACAAUUUUUCUCAUUUCAUCGGUCAGAACAUUUCAAUCCAAGAAGACGAGAAAAAAUGGGUUUCGGUGAUUAUCCAGCUGAAUACAAUCCGGCAAAGCAUGGACCAUACGAUCCAGCUCGUUUCUACGGAAAACCCGACACUCCAUUCAGCCAAUUAAAAUUGAGCGAACUUGGAAGCUGGUUCGGUCGCCGUAAUAAGACACCACAAGCCUUGGCUGGUGCAUGCAGUCGUUUGUUCUGGCGUUGGCAACACAAAUAUUGCCAAACAAAACGUGUUGGUGUCGCACCAUUUUUCCAAUUUGUUGCAGCCAAUAUGUUCAUUUUCUACGUUUUCAACUAUAACCGUCUCAAGCACCACGCAAACUACAAGUACCACUAAACAAAUCGUGCGCUCAUCAGCGUUCGUAGUAUUUCCAAUAAUGAUAAAUUGAAUUGCAACAACACAUUUAUUCAACGGAUCCACGGAUUUCAAAAAAAGUUUACUUCAGCAGCCUGUUCAAUAUCUUUCGGCAUAUAAGUUUAGUAAUAGCUCAUCCAAAAUUCAACUUAUGAUGAGAUUCAAAGUUGUCAACCAAAUCUAUGGAAAUUUAAAUAAAAAACAAUUAUCAAGUUCAACUUAAAAAACAAAAAAAUAUUUGCGAAACCAAGU